AUGGUCUCGCCGCGCCAUGUCGUCAAUGGACUAAGAUUCGCUUGGACAAUAUUGACUCUCUGGUAUGAGCGCCAAAUAUUCGUUCGGAGUGUCGGCCGUUGUGUGUGGCCAAAUCCAGGUCUCAACACCCCGAAGGCUGCCACUGUAACCCAUGUGCUCAUUGUGGCCGACCCUCAAAUUAUUGACCACCGGUCUUAUCCUGACCGAGCGCCAGUCUUGACCUGCAUUACGCAGCUGCUCGUCGACCUCAACUUGCGCAGAAGCUGGCUUUCUGCCUUGCGCCUUCGUCCUGAUAUAGUCGUGUUUCUGGGAGACAUGAUGGACGGAGGGCGAUAUGCCAUGUCAAAUGCGGAAUAUGAACAAUAUUACGCCCGUUUCCAAAGCAUCUUCUCUUUGGACCCCCACAUCCCCGCAUAUUUUAUUCCAGGAAACCACGACACGGGGAAAGUCACCACUCUGGGCAAGUCCAACAAGUUCUCUUCCAAAGCCAAAAGGCGUUAUAUCUCGCAUUUUGGGCCGUUGAACAGUCAAGUCACCAUUUCCAAUCACACCUUCUUUUUCAUCGAUGCACCAAGUCUGGCAGAGGAAGCCGUCUUCGGACCCAGCCCCGGUGGUACCACCGAAUUCGUGAAGGGCUACUACACACAGCUCCACGAACGAGAUCCCCUGUUGCUUUUCACGCAUAUCCCAUUAUGGCGCUCGGAGGGAACUAGCUGUGGGCCGAACCGCGAGCAUGGCACUAUCCGUCAAGGCUCUGGCUUCGGAUAUCAAAACACACUCGGAAAACCUUCCUCGGACCUGCUUCUUCAAACCCUCCAGCCAUCGCUCAUUUUCAGCGGGGAUGACCACGAUUACUGUGAGGUCAGCCACUCAUUCACCAUUGCCGGACAACCGAGACAGGCUCGCGAAGUCACUGUCAAGAGCCUUUCAAUGGUAAUGAACGUCCGCAAACCAGGCUUCCAACUGUUAUCGCUCGUCGACCCCCACCUAACACAAGAAAUCUCUUACUCCGAGUCUUUGUGCUUAAUGCCUGAUCAACUGGGCAUUUACUUGUCAACAUAUAUUCCAUUCCUCAUACUUUCCCUCUUGGCCAUCGUCAUCGCCAAUGCUUUUCACCGUCGAGGACAUGCACGGUCUAGAAGAAGAGACCAAUGGGCUACAAAUAACUCAUCGCUGCCACGACCCACUUCAGCUCACAAAAGUUCCGACCCUGAUGUUUAUUCUUGGACUUUCAUUCUCAUGGGCCAACGCCGCCGACUAAUGCUCAACACAAAAUAUUUCAAACAAUGGCUAGGCAGAAGCAAUGAAAACCGUGGAUUUGUCGCAGGAGUACUAUACGAUAUACGAGACGUGGCUUGGUUUCCUUUGUUUAUAUUCUUUUGGUUGGCUUGGUGGACGUUUAGAUAA